AUGCAAGAGAUAAGUUAAGAAAGAGAUUUUAACAGGAUUACCCUCAACAAUUUUGGUAAAAUGAUAGUAAUUACAUUUUACGCAGAUUGGUAUGACCAUUCUGUUAAUUAUGUAGAAUAGAUUGCUAACUUGUAGGAACUUAUGCAAAUCUAAGAUGUUGUUUUUUGCAAAUGUGAUGCCGAAAAAGUUCCUGAAGUAGCUAAUAAGUUCUAAGUAUCUAUGGUCCCAACUGUUGUUUUGACUGAAACCCGCAAGACCACAAUUAAAAAAUUCGAAAAUGAAGUUCCAGCAAUUUUAUUUGAAUAAAUUGAAGAGGCAAACAAGACAUUUAAAAAUCAAUUUGAAAAUGAAAAAGAGCGCAUGUAUGCCAAAAUAAAAGAACUCUUAAGCUAGCCUGGAGUUCUUAUGUUCAUAAAGGGUACUCCUUAAGAACCUGAAUGCAAAUUUACACGUGAAUUAUUAGGAAUUAUCGAAAGUCUUAAGAUCCGCUUCAGAUAUUAUGACAUUAUUGCUGACAUUGAUAUGCGUCACUGGUUGAGACAUUACAAUAAGUGGCCAACAUAUCCUCAAAUAUUUAUUGAAGGAAAGCUUUUAGGAGGCUUAGAUGUAUUAAAGGAGCAUAUAGCUAAGAAUACUCUUGAAAUUCCAGCAUCUUGCAAAAUAUCUGAGCCCAAAGAGCGUCUUUAGUAAAUUAUUUAGGAACACAAAUCUAUCCUUUUCAUGGAAGGAACUCCUAAUGAUGAAAAUUUAUAAGAAAAUAGCAAGAAAUUCGUAAAUUUAUUAGCUUAAGCUGGUAUUCGCUUUAGCAUAUUUAACUUGCUUAUUGAUGCAAAUUUGAAAGAUUAUCUCAAAGAGACCUAUAAAUCUACUGGUCCUUACUUCUUUGCUGGAAAGCAGUAUGUAGGUAACCUAGUAGUAGUUGCUGAGCUCUUUAAUAAAUAAGAAUUGUUAUAAAAAGUUCCUGGAAGUGAAUGGAAACUUGAUGGAGAAUAAAAAAUUAAAUAUUUAUUAAAGGCAUGCCCAGUAGUUAUCUUCAUGCAUGGAACUCCCAACGAUACAAAAUCAGAAGAUUCAGCUAAAAUGAUUAAAAUCCUAAAUGAAUGCAAAGUUAAAUACGAUUUCUACAAUGUUGAUGCUGAUGCAGAUGUUAACUAGUAUCUUCCUAUUCUUUCUAACUUUGACAAAAUUCCUUAACUUUACAAUGAAGGAGAAUUAGUAGGAGGAAUAGAUGUUGUAACUAAACUUUUUAAUGAUGAAGAUCUUAAAAUUUUAUUAUAAAAUAAUAUCUAAAAAUGA